AAUUAUAAAAUAAAAUAAAAAACUUGCAUACAAAUUUAAAAAAUCAAAACAUCUAAAGGACAAAGAAACGUAGAUAACUUAAAAGAGCCCGAAAAAAAAGUUUUCAACUCAGUACCGGAAUCCGAAAGAAACCCAGAAGAAUAACGUGACAAAUGAUUUAUUUAAUUCUUUAUUUUAUAUUACCAAUAAUAUUUGUAUCAUGGUUUGCCUGCAAGGUCUAUCAAUUCUCGGUGGACAAUAUACCCAAUAAUCCGAGUACAAGUACGUUUGAAACCUUUGGUGACGGCGAUCUUUGCUACAAUGAAUGUGGAAUUCCAAAUAUUUUAUGCAUGCAAAGGAAUUUAUCGGUGGCCGAACAAGAUGAACUACUUCAAGAAAUGAUGGAAUAUAUUAUUGGUACAAAUACGAUUGAGUGUCCUCCUGCAUCUGGCAUGCAUGGAACUGAAGAAGUGUCAGUUAGAGUCACUGAAGAACCAUGCCAAUGUGGUGUAGCUGGCUGUAAUGGUGCACAUCCAGAUAACGGUAUUAAAGGGCUUACGAACAGUGAGAAUUGAUCCUUUGUGGUCUAUCAUCUGAAGUUACUUUUUGUUAAUGUCUGUUCAAUAGAAUACAAUAAAUAAAUUUUCAUGUUAA